AACAGCGAAAUAGGCUGCGAGACCUUCUGCACCCAGCUAAAGGCUAACCUAAAAAGCGAAAACAAUAGCAUGGAUCUUGGUUCUUUCAUUCAGGAAAAUAUAGAGUUCCUGAGAUUGGAUAUGAGCUUUGGUAACCUUCGGCUUCCCAACAUUCAUCCUCCUCCUAAGGUUGUGAUAAGCGAUCCAAACAUUCUGUCUACGGUAGCCACAACUACUGCUGGUGUCCGUGGUCCCAUCGUUUCCUCAGCUUCCGUAGCUGCAAUCCAAUUCAGGCCAGGAAUGUUCCCUACCGGGGUUAUUCGUAGUCCAAAUGCUUCAGCAGGUGGACAGCCGCGUCUUGUCGGUCCAGCCAUGAUGGCUCCUCUUCCUGUCACCGCAUCUGGGAUGAUAACUCAAGCUAGCUUAGCUCCAGGCGCCCUUGGAAUGACAGCGACUCAAACUAUUUCUACUCCCGGUGCUCGAUUUGUACAGCCAGCGCUUGCACCUGCUCCUCCCAGAAUGACUGCAACUUCAAUCUCUCCUCUCCAAUCAGCACAGCUUGUCGGUCAAAAGAUUCGAUUGGCUCAAUCAUCUACCUCACCUCUUGGGGAUAUCUCGACUGUUAUGUCUCUGCCUGUAACUACCUUGACGACUAUUAGGGCAAACACAUCUAUUUCAACUUCAGCUAACGCUCAAGGGCUUUCUGCACUUUCAUCAGGAGUUCGGGCUCUUGCUCCUCGGAUGGCCCCUGUUGUUGCACCAUUUACUUCACCUGCCCUUGCUGGCAAACAGAGCCUUGUUUCUUCUAAUAAAAUUCUGCCACAUUCAACUGGAUCGAUCGCAUGUUCUCUUUCAGCGGCGAUAAUGAGGAAUAGACUUUUACCUUCUGUUGUUAAACCCGUUAUCGAAGAUGAAAUUGAUCUGUCAUCUGGACAUGAUGACGUCAAAAUUCUCACUUCUAGUGUCGGUGAUUCAGUCGGAGACUCUUCCCAAAUGAAUGAUCUUCCAUUUUUUCCCCUGUCUAAAGUUCGAUCUUUUUUAUCACAAGCCAACCUGCCUAUCACGGAUGAGGCGGCUGCCUGUCUGGCUCAUGGUGUCCAGUUAUUCGUGAAAUCCCUCGUAAUGCGACUUAGUAUUGUUGCCAUGCAUAAGUCAGAACGUCUUGCUGAAGAUCCUCGGUUAGUACAGACGGACAAUGUUCGAGAGCAGUUGCGAUUUCUUCAGCGACUUGGAGAGCAUGACAAAAUGAGGCAAUCGGAGAUUGAGAAAGAACUCAUAUUAAAAGCGGCUAAGUAUCUUUUAAGUUUCUGA